AUGGCCAGAGAAUCACUGCCGCGACGAUUGUUUCUUCUCGUUACAUUCGUCAUUUACUACAUUUGGUGUUUACUGUUCAAGGAUUUACCGCGUGUAUUAUGCUACAGGAGGAAGAAAAUUGAAAAUCAGGUAGUAGUGAUCACUGGUGGAGCAAUGGGUAUUGGAAAAACGGUUGCAAAGAAGCUUGCACUUCAAGAGAAAGCAAAACUUUGCAUUCUGGAUGUGAAUGAGAAAGAAGGCCUGCGAACCGUCGAAGAAAUUACCCGUGAUGGAGGAAUCGCAUGUUUCUAUCGAUGUGAUGUUUCUGAUCCGCAAGCGCUAACCUUUGUAGCUUCAGAAAUUAAGAAAGAUCCCAGGUUUGGUCCCGUAGAUAUUUGCAUAGCGAAUGCUGCAGUGUUGAAGUUCGGCGAGUGCACGGAGCUUUCUUACAAUGAUUACAAAGUAAAUGCAAACGUCAACGUCCUAGGCCAUAUUUAUACCGUGAAAGCCUUUCUGCCGGAUAUGAUCUCAGCCGAAAAAGGUCAAAUAGUUUCGAUGGGUUCAAUUUGUAGUUACUAUGGUGAACGUUAUGGUACAGCUUACUGUUCGGCAAAAUUUGCCUGUCGCGGUUUUAUGGAAGCCCUACAAAUGGAGAUGAUUGAGAAAGGACUUUACAAAAAGGUUAUCCUCACGUCUAUCUUUCCCUACUUCGUCAAGACCAGUCUCAUUGAAGAUUUGGAGGAACCUUUCAGCACAUUUUACGAUAUCGUUCCUCUUGAGAAAUGUGCGGACAGCAUAGUAGAUGCCAUAUUGAAAGAGAAACAGACGCAUUUCAUUCCGGGAAGUAUUGGCACACUUUGUCGAUACGUGAAGUGCUUCACAACGAAAGCCAUACUUCCAUAUGCACGCAAAGUGUUCAACUUUUCUUAUGAGCCGAGGAAGAAGUUACACAAUGACGUCAUCGAAGUUUAACGGACCAGGAUUUUUGCCCAACGGCCCAGAUAUAGGUGCAAAUGAGAUUUGUGAUCUCAAUGUUUGAUUGGUGUGAAUAUAAGCAACAUCAAAUGAUG